CUUUUCAAGAUUGAGAGUCGUUAAUGAUGAAGACAUUAAGCAGAGAGAGAUAGGCUUCUUCUCUGACUGCAUUAAAAGUGUGCUCCAACUGCCACAUCUCUUUGUGUGUGUGUGUGUGUGUGUGUUCCUGUGAGUAUAAUAACUAUAAAGAGAAGAGAGCUUGGUGGGCUUUUUGUUCAUCAUCACUGAGUAGGUAGUUGGUGGUAAUGGAUUCAGGAGCUAAUGAUGAUGCAUCAAGAGAAGUGAGUGUAUUGGAUGAAGAAGAAGACACUGAUGAGUGGAAGAAGGUGGCCUUGAUGAGGGCCUUUGUUGAGAAACAAGACUCAGCAGCCAAGGAAGAGGAUGAUUAUAUGCUGAGAAGAUUUCUGAGAGCAAGAGAACUUGAUUUGGACAAAGCAUCAAACCUGUUUCUCAAGUACCUCAAAUGGAAGAAGGAGAACAUUCCUAAAGGUUUCAUUUCUGAAUCAGAGGUGCAGAAUGAAAUUAGUCACAAGAAGAUGUUCAUGCAAGGACUCGAUAAAAAAGGUCGGCCUAUAGGCGUUGCGCUUGCAGUAAAACACUACUCCUCGAAACGAGACCUCGAGGAAUUCAAGCGUUUUGUUGUGUAUAUUCUUGGGAAAUUAUGUGACAGGAUGCCAAGAGGACAAGAGAAGUUCACUGUCAUUGGAGACCUUCAAGGAUGGGGUUAUUCAAACUGUGAUAUUAGAGCUUAUCUUGCUGCUUUGGAUAUCUUGCAGAAUAACUACCCUGAAAGGCUUGGCAAGGUGUACCUGGUUCAUGUGCCGUAUCUUUUCAUGAAGGCAUAUAAGAUUAUAUACCCAUUCAUCGACAAAAGAACUAGGGAAAAGAUCAUCUUCGUCGAGGAUAAAAACUUGAAGGAAACUCUGCUGGAAGACAUUGAUGAGGACCAGCUUCCGGAGAUUUAUGGUGGAAAAGCUCCUUUGGUUCCAAUUGAAGAAUCUUUAACUGCUGAAUAGCUGUUAAAAACAAUAUUUACAUAUAUGAAAAUUAUUUAUUUUCAGCGAAAUCCUUGUAUUAGUUCAAUAAUAACAAUUUAAAAGGCUUCACCUUUUUUCA